AUGCUUCUAAGCCAACUGCGUGGGUCAGUGGAGCACACACGUGGCGGCUCUGCGGAUUGCCACGUGGCAGGCAGCAGUGUGGUUUGCGUCCCACUUUCUGAACCGCACGGGGCACAAGAGAUGGUUAGAAAGGCGGCUGGGACUUUGCUGCCUGGCGCCGCUGCUGCUGCCUUGGCUGCUGCUGGUUUGGGAGAGGAGGGAGGAGGGGGAGGAGGAGGGGGAGGAGAAGGAGAAGGAGGAGGAGGAGGAGGAGGAGGAGGAGGAGGAGGAGGAGGAGGAGGAGGAGGAGGAGGAGGAGGGAGGAGAAGGGGAGGAGAGGGGGAGAGGGGUAAGCCUAAGGGAAGCUUACCUUCUCGUGUCUAUCACACUCGCUCUUCAUCUUCCCCUGUAUGGCUUCUAGAGAUGGAUUUUGACAUGCCAGGAUCACCACAAAGCGGUAGUGAAUCUGCUUACAGCGGAUCAGAUGCUAGUGAAAGUUCCCCCUUAUCUCGCCUCUCCUCCUCCCCUCUCUCUUCCCCUCUCGCCUCCCCUCUCGAUUCCCCUCUCUCCUCCCCUCUCAACUCCUCCCUCCUUUCCACUCUUCCCCAUUCCACUUGCUUUCGACCGGGUGCUCUCUCCCCUCCAUCCCCUCCCGUUGCCAAGGCUGAUAGCAGCAGCAUUCCCGUUAGUAGCACACUCAAUAGCGGCAGUGUAAGCACCCGGAUCAUGACUUCUAAUGGGACAUCCCAUCUGGAACAGAAACAUACUGAAACGCGUAUGGGAGGAGGGGGAGAAAGUAAGGAGGGAGGAGGGGGAGAGAGGGGGAGGGGUGGAGGGGGAGAGAGUGGGAGGGUAGGAAGGGGAGAGAGCAGCAAGGGAGAGAGAGAAGAGGGCGCAGGUGUAACGUGUGGAGUGGGAGGAGCGGGAGAAGCAAAGAGGAGGGCCAGUGACACUCUCUCCUCCUCCUCCUCCUCCUCCUCCUCCUCCUCCUCCUCCUCCUCCUCCUCCUCCUCCUCCUCCUCCUCCUCCUCCUCCUCCUCCACAUCUGCUAGCUUUGAUACUGCUGGUAACCACACUAGCAUCAGCAGCAGUGGUAACCGCACUCUCAAGAGCGGUCGUUACACCCCGAGCAACGCACAGCCCGUUGCUAACAUCAACGGCCAGGAUUUCUCGGAGAACGGUCGUCAACGGGCAUCUGACCGUCCAUCUGCAACGGCAGACUCUGCGUCAAAUCCCAGCCACUCGUUGCCUGCUCGUGCUCUCUCCAUUUUUCCCACUGGCAGCCCCACCCCACCUCUCUCUGCUGCUGCUGCUGAUGCUGCCGCUGAUGCUUCUGCUGAUGCUUCUGCCGCUUCUGCUGCUGCUACUGCUGCUGCUGCCUCUGCCGCUUUUGCUGCCACUUUUGCAAAAGCAAGGAUGGGUGGACAAGAGAUGAGGAUGGAUGGGAGUGGGGGGUGUGCAGGUGUUGGGAUGGGUCUUGAUACACAAAAGGGGUGUAUCGAGAUUCCUAAGAGUGUUUCUGAUGUUGGUGUUUUGGAGAGAGGUGGUUGUGGUGAUAGUGGGGAGUUUUCUAGUGAGGAUGAAAGGGAGGUAGGGAGUGGAACAGAAUUGGCGAGUCCGGAUUCGAGCUGGUUCAGUGCAGUGAGAGAGAAGGGAAGAGAGAAGGGAAGAGAGGAUGGAAGAGAGGAGGGAAGAGAGGAGGGAAGAGAGGAGGAAGGAGGAAGGUGGGGCAAGGAAGGAAACGGAAGGGGAAGGGGGGAACAAAGAGGCAGCAGGUGCAGCUUCGCUUUUGAUUCUCUUUCUGGAGCUGUUACAGGUGCUGCUACAGACAUCAGCACCAUUACAGGCGCUGCUACAAGAGACGUUUUUGGUGCUGAUGCUGCUGCUGCUGCUGCUGCUGCGACUACUUCUGCGGUUUCUGGUGGGAACACUGCUGCUCAUUCUGCUGCUUCUUCUGUUGCUCCUGCAACUACUGUUGCUGCUAACAACGAGGCACCUCGCCCUACAAGCCACUUGACUCAUAACAACAGCUUCGAGUUCGGCACGUUACUCCCAGGUUCGGCAGACCGAGGCUCAGCAGACGGAGGCCCGGCAGGCGGAGGCUCAGGAGAUGAAGGCGAUGGAGGUGUGGAGAUCCAAGGUUUGGACCAAGCCUCAGGGCUUUGGCAAGGCGCGGUUAGGGUCACCAGUGAAGGUUUGGAAAGGCCGAUGGUGGUUCCCUGGGGUAAUAAAGUGGGCCGGCGUUUCUCGUCCUUUUCUGGAUUCUCGGAGCUAAGGGCAGUUGGAGGAGGAGGAGGAGGAGGAGGAGGAGGAGGAGGAGGAGGAGGAAGAGGAGGAGGGAGGAGGGGGGUACUCUGUCAGAAAGGUCUGCAAGAAAAGGUCAGCGUUUUUUACUUGGAACAGGAGGAGAGAGGGAAAAGGGAGAGUAAGGGUGGUGCUUUUGGGGUACCGGAGAGAAAAGAUGCGGAAGGAGAGAGGGAAAACGGAGAAGGGGAAAUGGGAGAGGAGGGCAAUGAGGAGAGUGACGAUGAGAAGGACGAUGGACUCACUCCGAUCGCCACCCCUCUCUCUACUCCUGCUAUACCCUCUCCUGUAGGGAAUUCGUUAAGCCUUUCUCCUUCCGGCUUUUCUGAUGGGGAGAUGGAAAAAGAGGGGGAAAGGGAGGAGGGGAAAGAGGAGGAGGAAGAGGAAGAGGAAGAAGAGGAGGAUGAGGAGGAGUGUACUCCAAUCGCUACGCCUGUGGCGUUUUCCCGGUUUAGAAUCCUUCUCUCUGCGUGCCCACCGCCAGGGCCAGGGCAGCCGAAAGAGUCCAGGUUCAAUGUACCCGGAAAGGAGGAGAGGAAGAAAAUGGGUGCUGGGGAAACGGAGGGGCAAGAGAAGGGUGUACGGUUUGUCAUCCCAAGCAGGAGGGCUAGGGGGGUUCCAGGAGCCUCUGCUGCUACCGCUGGUGCUGUUUCAGGUGGUGCCGUUUCAGGUGGUGGGAGCAUUAGCAAGCCCAGACACAGGCAGUGCCAGUCGUUUUCCGGCUUUGACUUUGGCUUGAUUGCGAAUGGACAGACGUUUCUUGCGGACGAUCAGCCAGAAGAGUCCAUGUUCAAUGCGCCUGGAGAGGCGUUUCUUGAGGAUCAGCCAAAAGCGUCCAGGUUCAAUGCACCUGGACAGACAGUGUUUGAGACCCAGCCGGAGACGGGUGGCAGGAGAACGUUGGGGCGAAACGGGGCGAUACGGCAAGGCAAGAUGGGACGAGAAGAUAAGGGAAGAGAAGAGAGGAUGGGAAGGGAAGCGGGUGCGAAUGACGGCAAUACACGGGUUCCCAUCCCAAAGGGAAGAACUGGGAUUUUGAAAGCAGCCGCUGCUGGUGCAGCCGCUCCUGCCGCUCCUGCCGCUGGUGGUAGGGUAUCAGCAGGUGGUAGAGUGUUAGCAGGUGAAAAAUCAGGUGGUAGAGUGUUACCAAGUGAAAAUUCAGGUGGUAGAGUGUUAGCAGGUGAAAAUUCAGGUGGUAGAGUGUUAGCAGGUGAAAAUUCAGGUGGUAGAGUGUUAGCAGGUGAAAAUUCAGGUGGUAGAGUGUUAGCAGGUGGAGUUACAGGUGGUGGGGGCAGUGGUAAGUCCAGGCACAGGCAAUGCCAGUCGUUUUCUGACUUUGACUUCAGCUCGAUGGCACCUGGAGAGACGUUUCUUGAGGAUCAGCGAGAAGAGUCCAGGUUCAAUGCACCUGAACAGGCAUUUCUCGUGGUGGAUCAGCAAGAAGAAUCCAGGUUCAAUGCACCUGGACAAGAAGCCAGAGGGAGGUCGGGUGGCGGGUAUGAUUCGGGACAAAACAAGGCAGUAUGGCAAGAGAGGGUGGGGCGAGAAGAGGGGAGGGGACAGGGAGAGGGUGUGAGGGCCAGCAAUGUACGGGUUCCCAUCCCAAAGGGAAGAACAGGGAUUGCAAAGGCUGCUGCUGCUGGUGCUGCUGGUGGGGUUUCUGGUGGUAGGAUAUCUGCAGGUGAAAUCUCAGGUGGUGGGGGCAGUGAUAAGUCCAGGCACAGGCAAUGCCAGUCGUUUUCUGACUUUGACUUUAGCUUGAUUGCAAAUGGAGAGACAUGUUUUCAGGAUCAGCCAAAAGAGGUCAGAUUCAAUGCACCUAGACAGACGGAUAUUGAGGCGCAGCCAAAAGAGGUCAGGUUCAAUGUACCUGGACAGGAAGAGAGGGGAAACAAGGGUGGUGGGGCAAAGCAAGGGCAAGAGGGGGGAGCACGGAAAGAGGGGGUGGGACGAGAAGAGGGUGUGCAGGCCAGCAAAGCACGGCUUGCUGUCGCAAGGGGAAACACGGGGGGUUCUGCUGUUGCUGCUGCUGCUCCUGGUGGUGCUGCUGGUGGUGGUGGGGUUUCGGGCGGUGAGGAUUCAGGUGGUGGGGUGUCAGCAGGUGAAAUUUCAGGUGGUGGGGUGUCAGCAGGUGAAAUUUCAGGUGGUGGGGGCAGUGGCAAGCCCAGGCACAGGCAGACCAAAUCGUUUUCCGGCCUUGACUUUGGAUUGAACGAGUGGGAUAUGGGGGAGAGCAGGGAGGGAGGGAGAAGAGAGGGGAUAGCGAGCAGAGGGGGUAGAGAGGAGGGCUCUAGCGGUUGGGCGAGAAGGAGCCAAGGAGAGAGAGAGGAGCAAGGGGGUUUGUCACUUAGAGUAGCGAUGCUUGCAGUUGGGGUGAAAGGAAGGGGAGGAGAGAGAAGGGGGGAUGGAGGAAGGAGGGGAGGGGGAGGAGGAGGGGAGCCUCCAAGCUUGCUGUCUCCACGAGCAGUGCCGAUUGCUUCUGGGGUGAAGGGAGGGGGUGCAGAAAUAGAGAUGGAUGGAGGAGGGAGAAGGGGAGUGGAAGAAGGUCAAAGGGAGAAGGAUGGGAAAGGGAAUGGGCAAGAAGGGGUGGGAAGGGAAGGAGGAGAGGGCAACGGAGGGAAGGGAAAGGUAGAUGAGGUGCCAAAUCUCCCACCGGGAUCAAAUCUCCCACCAGAGGAGCGGAGGGUAUAG